AUGGCAAACAAGUGGCUGCUAUGGCUGACCCUGUCUGCCAUCGUAGCGGCUUGGCAGAGCGAGGCAAAGUAUGCUGUGAACUCCAUGUCUCAGAUUCCUGGGAAAAUAACAGGAGUGAAUCCCAUCCACAAUGGCCAGGUUUGCAGUACAUGGGGUAACUUCCACUUCAAGACCUUUGAUGGGGAUGUCUACCAGUUGCACUCCACCUGCAACUAUGUCCUGGCUUCCUCAUGCAGGAGCACUUACAAUGACUUCAACAUCCAGAUAAGGAGACACGAGGCUGACAGUCAUCCCACCAUCAAAAACAUCAUCAUGAAGCUGGAGGGUUCAGUGGUGGAGCUGUCCAAGGGCUCAGUGGUCAUUGAUGGCAACUUAGCUGCUUUACCGUUCAGUCGAGCAGGAGUGUUCAUCGAGAAAACUCCUACCUACAUCAAAAUCAAAGCAAACCUGGGACUGGUUGCUAUCUGGAACGAGGAGGACUCUUUUCUGGUGGAGCUAGACUCAAAGUACAGGAACCAAACCUGUGGUCUCUGUGGAGACUUUAAUGGGAUCCAGCUGCACAACGAGUUCUACAGUCAUGGUGUGAAACUUUCCCCCAUGGAUUUCGCCAGCUUCUGGAAAAUGGAUGGUCCCACUGAAAGCUGCUCCGACUACACACUGGAAUCAGUACAAAGCUGCAAUGACAUGAAACCUCUGUGUGAGCAGAUCCUCACAGGGCCAGCCUUCAACACCUGUCACAAUCUGCUGGACAUCAGCGCCUUCACCGCUGCCUGUAUUGCUGACCUCUGUCACUGUGGCAACGGGGGAGAAACACGCGCAGACCCCUUCUGCCUGUGCAACACUGUGUCUGAGUUCUCCAGACAGUGUGUCCAUGCUGGUGGCAAACCCAACAACUGGAGGACCAAAAUGCUCUGCUGGAAGUCGUGUCCUGACAAAAUGGAGUACAGAGAGUGUGGAAGUCCCUGUGCUGAUACCUGUUCCAACCCAGAGGCCAGCCGCACCUGUGACAACCACUGUAUCGACGGAUGCUUCUGCCCUGCAGGCACGGUGUUGGAUGAUUUAAAUGGAAAAGGUUGUGUUCCACUGAGCCAGUGCUCCUGCAGCUACAACAGCAAGAUCUAUGGACAUGGAGAAUCAUACACCAGUAACUGCAAAAAAUGUGUGUGUGAGAGCGGUCAGUGGAAAUGUGCGGAGGAGAACUGUCCAGGAAUCUGCUCUGUAGAGGGAGGAGCUCACGUCAACACCUUCGAUGGAAAGGCCUACACCUUUCAUGGGGACUGCUCCUACAUUCUGGCCAAGGACUGCAGUGGAACCAGGUUUGUGAUCCAGGGAGAACUGGUGCAGUGUGGACUGACCGAGAGUGAGACUUGCCUCAAGUCUGUUACCUUAGGUCUGUCUGGAGGGGCAAAUGUGAUCACCAUCCAGCCCGAUGGCAAAGUUUUUGUGAAUGGCAUCUACGCUCAGUUACCAUUUUCUGCUGCUGGGAUUUCCACCUUCAGAGCAUCUUCUUUCUACCUGCUGGUCCAGACAUCAGUUGGUGUUCUGCUGGAGGUGCAGCUGCAGCCAGUCAUGCAGCUCUACAUCAGAAUGACCAGUGACUACAAGGACAAGACUUGUGGCCUGUGUGGGAACUUCAACAGUAACCAGGCUGAUGACUUCCUUAAGCUCAGCGGUGUUCGAGAUGCCACAGCAGCUGGUUUUGUCAACAGCUGGAAGACACAUGGUGGUUGCGCAGAUGUUAAGAGCAACUUUGAGAAUCCCUGCAGCCUCAGUCUGGACAAUGAGAAGUACGCCAUGCACUGGUGCUCCAUGCUAAGUGAUCCCCAAGGAGUGUUUGCCCCCUGUCACUCAGAGAUCAGUCCUGACUCUUACAGAGAGAACUGCAUGUAUGACAGCUGUAACUGUGAGAAAAGUGAAGACUGCAUGUGCGCCGCAGUCUCCUCAUACGUCCAUGCCUGUGCAGCUGCAGGAAUCCAGAUCAGCAACUGGAGGAAGACCAUCUGUGGGAAAUAUGCCACCUCCUGCCCAAGGAGCAUGGUCUACUCCUACAACAUCACAUCCAGCGGUCGUACCUGUCGCUGCCUCGGCACCACAGAUCUCAGCUGCCACUUCUCCUUCCCACCAAUUGACGGCUGCGUCUGUGCAGAGGGAACCUACCUGGAUGACUCUGGGAGCUGUGUCCCUGCUAAGGCCUGUCCCUGUUAUGACAAAGGCUCUGUGGUGCCUCCUGGGCAGGUUGUCAACAAGGAUGGGAUCAUGUGCACCUGCAAAGAGGGCAAACUGGUCUGCAUUGGACAGUUUAGUGAGCAACCAACGGCCUGUGUUUCUCCUAUGGAGUUCUUCAACUGCUCUGCUAAUGGUCCAGCUGCAAGAGGAACUGAGUGUGAGAAGAGCUGCAACACAUUAGACAUGGCCUGUGUGACCACGGGUUGCACCUCUGGCUGUAUGUGUCCAGUUGGGAAGGUCUCUGAUGGUAAAGGAGGCUGCAUCAAUCCAGAGGCCUGUCCCUGUAUUCACAAUGGCAUCUCCUACCAGCCUGGAGAGACCACCAGAGUGGACUGCAACACCUGCACAUGUAAAGAUAGAAAAUGGAGCUGCACCACCAAUGAGUGUGACAGUACCUGCUCCGUCUAUGGAGCCGGACACUACAUGACUUUUGAUCAGAAGCGCUUCACCUUUGACGGGAGCUGUGAAUACAUCCUCACUCAGGACUAUUGUGGCAGUGCUCAGAGUAAUGGAACCUUCAGAGUGAUCACUGAGAACGUUCCGUGUGGAACGACAGGAACCACCUGCUCCAAGACCAUCAAGAUCUUCCUGGGGAGUGCACACCUGGUUCUAACAGAGGGACGCUACCAGCUGCUUUCAGGUGGAAAUGAAGAAACAGUCCCAUUCACUUACAGCACUAUGGGCAACUACCUGGUAAUUGAAGCCAACAAUGGACUCAUUCUCAUGUGGGACAGGAAGACCAGCUUGUUCAUCAAGCUCAGCCCGAAAUAUAAGGGUCAUGUUUGUGGGCUGUGUGGCAGCUUUGACGGCAAUGCAAAUAAUGACUUCACAACGAGGUGCCACGCUGUAGUGGUCAGCCCGCUGGUGUUUGGCAACAGCUGGAAGGAUUUACCAACCUGCCCCGACGCUAAGAGCAUCACCAGCCCCUGCACUAACAACCCAUACAGACAGUCGUGGGCCCAGAAACAGUGCAGCAUCAUACAGAGCAACAUCUUCUCUGCCUGCCACUCCAUUGUGGAUCCCUCUCCAUUCUAUGAAGCAUGUGUGUUUGACUCAUGUGCUUGUGACACCGGUGGAGACUGCGAGUGCUUCUGCACUGCUGUGGCCGCUUACGCUGAAUCCUGUAAUCAAGCUGGAGUCUGUGUACGAUGGAGAACCCCUAAAAUCUGCCCCAUCUUCUGUGAUUACUACAAUCCCCCUGGUGAAUGCGAAUGGCACUACAUGCCAUGUGGAUCUCCUUGUAUGAAAACCUGUAGGAACCCUUCAGGCAGCUGCUCUACACAGAUACCUCCAUUAGAAGGUUGCUAUCCAAAAUGUCCUCCUGCUCAGCCCUACUUUGAUGAGGAUACAAUGACAUGUGUUUUAAAAGAACAAUGUGGCUGCUACGAUAACGAGGGGCGACACUAUGAUAAUGGUGACAAAGUGCCAACAACUGAAAACUGUCAUACCUGGUAG